UGCGGUCCUUCCCGUCCGAUAUUAAAAUGGUUCUGACAGCCAUGGAGGUGAUCCUCGCCAUGUUCUCCGCGGGCCGCUUCACGUGGCCGCUCGCGCGCGCCUCGCCGCGGUUGACUGCUGCGUUGGAGUAGAGUAGCUCGGCGGUGGUGGUUGGCCGCCGCCGCGUGCUCGGAACCUGUUAGGUGCUAACCAUAGAUUACGCGCUGAAUUACGGUUGGCAUCGCUUCGUCCAUGGCGUCCAUGCAAGUAGGGUGAUGUGUGCAUGCACGUUGCGUUUCAGUUUUGCAGAGCAGCGGAGGUCGGUUGGCUAAGGAGCGAUGGGGAGGGCGGGGAGGUGGCUCAGGAACUUCUUGGCCGGCGGCAGGAAGGAUGGGAAGAGGGACAGGCCAAACGCCGAGGCCACGCCUGGACCGGGACCGGGGGCGACGCCCAAGGAGAAGAGGUGGAGCUUCCGGCGGCCGGUGGCGCUGGCGCCGGAGCAGCCGGGGCGCGGCGUCGUGCCGCGUGAGUCCGCCGACGGCGUUGGCGCGUCUCGGUCGUCAGCGACGUCGGAGGCGGGGUUCGACGAGAAGAAGCGCGCCGUGGCAGUGGCUGUGGCGACUGCGACCGCGGCAGACGUGGCGGGCGCCGCGGCGCAGGCGGCGGCCACUGUGGCACGGUUGUCUUCCCGCAAGGUGCCGCACCUGACGCCGCCGGCGAGCCUCCUCGCCGAGGGGGCGGCGGCUGUCAGGAUUCAGGCAUCCUUCAGAGGCUAUCUGGCGAGAACGGCGCUGUGCGCGCUGAGGGGCAUCGUGAAGCUGCAGGCGCUGGUGCGGGGGCAGCUGGUGAGGAAGCAGGCCAAGGCCACGCUCCGGUGCAUGCAGGCCCUGCUCGCGGCGCAGUCCCAGCUGCGCGCGCAGCGCAUGCGCUUCCUCCAAGUCCAAGACCACCCCCCCCACCACACACCGCCGCCCAGGCCACGACCGUCGUCGCAGCACUCGAGGCACCGCCUAUCGUCCUACGAGAUGGACCGGUCGAGCGAGGAGAAUGUGAAGAUCGUGGAGAUGGACAGCGGCGACCAGCCGGCGCGGCGCGGCGGGGCGAGGGGCGGUGACAGGCAGUACUCUUCCGUCGAGUACCACCACGGCGGCGGCAGGUGCUCGCCGGCGCCGUCGGCCAUGACGGAGCUGAGCCCGAGGGCGAGCAGCUGGCACGUGGAGGACCACCUGUCCUUCGGGACGGCGCACAGCAGCCCGCGCUCCCACUCCCACAACGCGUCGGCGGCCAUGGCGGAGCCGGCGGCGUCGGACCUGGCGUUCCCGAGCUACAUGAGCAACACCGAGUCGUCGAGGGCCAAGGCGCGGUCCCAGAGCGCGCCGAAGCAGCGCGCCGCCGCCGAGGCGCUGGAGAGGCAGCCGAGCGGCAGGCGGAAGGGGGCGGAGCACAGGAGCGUGCCGCGGGGCGCCCGGAUGCAGCGGUCGUCGUCGCAGCAGCAGGCCGGGUCGGCGCCGCGGCAGUCGCCCUUCUUCCACCGGCCGUGGUCGUCGUCGACGUCGGUCAGGCUGGACACGUCGACGGCGUCGCUCAAGGACAGCGAGUGCGGGUCCACCACCAGCUCCGUGGUGACCGCGGCCACCACCGUGUCCACCGUCUACAGCCGGACCCGCUCGCUCGUCGGAUUCGAGGUGCGCAGGGCCCUGUAUUAAUAUUAGUGAAUUGCUGGGUUGAACCGCCGGAAACUUCAUGAAAUGUUGCUUGAUAGUCUCGUUCGUGUGUGUGUUGAUGAGAAUUCAGAGCCUAGUAGAGUGUUGUACAUACGUCUGAGUCAAGCACUCCUCUUUUUUAUUUUGGCUAUUCGAGUCAAGUACCAAGUGUACAUUUUUUUAAUACAUAGGGCAUAUCUGUGACAUGAUGGCUGCGGGGUACUAAGUGUAAUUAGAAAUGUACUAUACUGGUUUACCACUAGUGGCACAGUGUAAUAGGCUCGUAAUUUGCUCAGUCA